AGGUAACAUAUUUAUUUCAUAUCCUAGUUUUUAAUACUUUUUAGCUUUUAGUAGCGCCACUCUCAACUACAAUUCAUUUUAAUUUCGUGACCAGGAAGGGGGUUCAUAGAGAGAGGCAAAAGUAUUUUAAGUCCAAGCGCUGUUUUAUAUAUAUCUUCAUCCAUUGGAACUACAUUUCCAAUGAUGCUCAGACAGCCUAAAGAGUGUCUCAGCAUUGUGAGAAAUUUAGUUCCAAAACAUCUGGGGGCCCAAGGUUGCUGCCCCCUGCCUUAGAGUUUUUGAUUCUAAUUAUGCAAAAUAAGCCAGUGCAUUUAAAGAAAGAAAAAAGUAUUUUGUUAAAAAAAUAAAGUUAUGUACAUGUGAUACCUUUAAUGGCUAAUAAUUAAUUGAAGUUCAAAAUCAGGAGCAGUCUUUGCUCUACAAGUACUUUCCACUUUACUUUUUCCACUUUACUUAUAUUAUCUAAUUUGCUUAGUUCUCUUACUAUCCUUUGUUAAAAAAAUAAUACCUAGGUAGACUCAGGAUCUAGAAGCUUGCUGAUGAUUGGUGGCUUUACAUAUAUGUGUAUUUUCAUUGGCUUACUGAUAUGUUCAUAGCUGCACCUUCAGUAAAGGAUACCAAGAGAACGAGGCAAAAUUAAUAAUAGAAGUAAAUUAGAAAGUUGUUUACAAAUAUAUUCUCUAUCUGAAUCAUGAAAGAAAAAAUUUGGGUUUCACGUUCCUUUAAAAUGUAGGUAGUUCUCUGCUGCGUGAAGCACAGACGCGCACUUCAGCACUUUGUUAUAGGACAUAGCACCAUAAAUAUGUCAAAAGUAACAAACUAGAACAUUUAAAGAAUAUAUUGACAGACACCUGUAUUGAUGGAUCUCUGUUUAUUAUCUGUGAUGGUUAAAUCACUUAUAUUUGCUCUGCUGACUCUUACAUUGCAGGAAAAUCAAUACCAAGUGCUAUAAAAGUUGAUUAACAAGACAUUACCAGCAUCACCUGAACUGGUUAGUUAUAUCUGUACUCUCUCAAACUCAGCAGAUAAACCUGUACUAAAAAGUUGAUGAUGUUCUUCCAUUUUUAUUUUUGGCGACUCUGACUUGUCAUGUGAUUUCAUUUUAGAUUGAUCACAUGACUUGCUCUGGCGGCCCACCAACACCACAAACUACGAACAGAAUAAAGGUAAAUGGAAAAGACUUGUCCAAAGCUACACAUGACCAGGCAGUAGAAGCCUUUAAAACUGCCAAAGAACCUAUUGUUGUGCAAGUGCUCCGAAGAACCCCCCGCACCAAAAUAUACAGCCCGGCAGUGGACGCCCAACUAGUAGAUACAGGGACACAGACUGAAAUCACUUUUGAACAUAUAAUGGCUUUGACUAAAAUGGGCUCUCCUUCACCAUCAGUUGCAGUUCUUGACCCUUACCUCUUGCCUGAAGAACAUUCAUCGGCUCAUGAAUAUUUUGACCCUAAUGACUUCAUAGGACAUCUGCACCAAGAAAUGGAAAGAGAUGAGUUGGAAUUAGAGGAAAUUGAUUUGUACAGGCUGAAUAGCCAAGAUAAGCUGGGACUGACUGUGUGUUACAGAACAGAUGAUGAGGAUGACACCGGAAUUUACGUUAGUGAGAUUGAUCCAAAUAGCAUAGCAGCUAAAGAUGGUCGGAUCAGAGAAGGAGAUCGUAUAAUACAAAUUAAUGGAAUUGAUGUUCACAACCAUGAAGAAGCGGUGGCCCUACUUACAAGUGAAGACACAAGAAAUGUAUUCUUGCUUGUAGCAAGGCCUGAAUUGCAGCUGGAUGAAAGUUGGAUCGACGAUGACAGAAAUGAGUUUCUAGAUGAUUUACACAUGGACAUGCUGGAGGAACAGCAUAACCAGGCAAUGCAAUUUACGGCCAAUGUGCUCCAACAGAAAAAGCUUGAAGAAGAUGGAGGAACUACAGACACUGCAACAAUUUUAUCUAACCAGCUGGAGAAGGACAGUGGUGUUGGACGCACUGAUGAGAGCACCAGGAACGACGAAAGUUCAGAGCAGGAAAACAAUGGUGACGACCAUACCACAUCCUCAAAUACACUAGGAAGCCUGAAGAAGCUCAUGUACAGUCAAGAUACUCUUGGAAGUGGAGACAUGCAGUUCAGUAAUGAGUCUUUCAUAUCAGCGGAUUAUACAGAUGCAGAUUUUCUUGGGAUCCCUAUGGAUGAGUGUGAGAGGUUUAGAGAGCUUCUAGAACUAAAGUGUCAAGUGCAAAGUGCCAAUCAGCGCAGUCGCUAUUACAGCAGUACUAUGGAUACCAACAAAAGUGACCAGGACAGCGUGGACAGAGAGUUGGAAAUGCUAAAUGAAGAAUUGCACACCAUUGAACUUGAGUGCUUAAAUAUUGUACGUGCUCAUAAAAUGCAACAGCUGAAAGAGCAAUAUAGAGAGUCAUGGAUGCUUCAUAAUAGUGGUUUCCGCAAUUACAAUACAAGCAUUGAUGUGCGUAGACAUGAACUUUCAGAUAUUACAGAACUGCCAGAAAAAUCAGACAAAGAUAGCUCAAGUGCCUACAAUACUGGAGAAAGUUGUCGUAGCACCCCACUGACUCUAGAGAUAUCACCAGACAACUCACUCCGUAGGACAGCUGAUGCCCUUAACUGCCCCAAUGUUGAAGGGGCAGCUAGCAAUGUUGUUCAUAAUGCUUCUCAGAAAAACAUACGACUUAGUUCUGAUAGUAGGGAGUCCAGUCCAGCUAGAUACAACUACCCUGCUAAGGAUGUUGGCUCAAAUAAAGAAACGGAUGACAAAGACCGAAAAACCAGUGAUGUGGGCAAAAAUCAAUCUGAAUCAGAAAAAUUGUCCAACACGUUUGCACCACCGUAUCGCCACUCACCAUAUAAGCAUGCCCACAUCCCUGCACAUGCACAGCACUAUCAGAGUUACAUGCAACUAAUCCAGCAAAAGUCAGCGGUAGAAUAUGCACAGAGUCAGAUGAGUUUGGUCAGCAUGUGUAAAGAUCUUUCUAAUAAUACAGAACCAAGAAUGGAAUGGAAAGUGAAGGUGCGAAGCGAUGGCACACGUUAUAUCACAAAGAGGCCAGUAAGAGACAAACUGUUGAGAGAAAGGGCUAUAAAGAUUAAGGAAGAGCGUAGUGGAAUGACAACUGAUGAUGAUGCAAUCAGUGAGAUGAAAAUGGGACGUUAUUGGAGCAAGGAAGAGCGCAAGCAGCACAUACGCAAAGCCACCGAACAGCGGAAGAGAAGGGAAUUUAUGAUGCAAAGCAGGCUGGAUUGUUUAAAGGAGAAGCAGACCACCGAAGACAACAAAGAGGUCAGUAUCAUCGACCUCAGCCACAAAAAGAUGAUGAAGAAGAGGAACAAAAAGAUUUUCGACAACUGGAUGACCAUCCAAGAACUAUUGACUCACGGCACUAAGUCUCCCGAUGGAACGCGGGUGUAUAAUUCCCUACUGUCAGUCACAACUGUAUAAUUUUGAGAGAGAGAUAAAAGAAGAAAUGUAAAUAAAAAACAAAAAAACUACCUUUGAGGUAGAAUCCCCCGCCUCGUUAAAUGUGGCAAGAGUUUUUCUGUAAAUAUUAAAUAAUUAUUGUCACCAUGUUAAUAUAUAUUUUUUUUUUAGUUUAUUUUUCAUCUUUGGGUGACAACAUUUUGUAUAUUCACAUGUUGCUGUGAGAUGGGGCAAGCAAAUAAUUGCAAUGCAACUCUCAGCUUAUCCCUCUAACAGUAAAUACAUUUACCACACAUCUUGCACCCUUUUGGAAUAUUGACUUUAUUUUAUUUAGUUAUUAAAAUUCUGAAUGCCAAAAAUCUACAAGUAAUAUCUAAGUUCUCUUUUCAUAAAAAAAUAAAAUUAACAAUUUUUUUUUUGUCUGAAAAAAAACAGAAAUAACUGUUAAUGUAAGGUUAUAUUUUAUUAAAAAAUGUAUUUUGUGAUAUUACUUUCAUGUUCUGUUAUUUUAUAUCUGCAUUCUUAUUUAUCAGUAUUUACAAUAGCAGGAUUUUGCAUAUCAUGUAACAUUUUAUUAUGUCAACAAUCUGUACUAUUCUCAACAAUCAAAAAAAAAGUUUUUUGUUUUUUUUAAUAAAGAUUCAAAUUUUAUAUAAAAUGAACACUAUUCAACAUGCACCUUAAAGCAUGUUUAUUAUGAAUACAUCCUGCACUGUGCUUUUUUAGCAUGAACAGGUCUUUUGCUUAAGAGAGAAAGAGGGAAAACUACAUUUGCGAUUUGUCCAAUGUUUCUUAAAGUCAACUGUUUGUUUUUGUAGAAUUGUUUGUACGGACAGAGAAAUCCAAUUUCAUAAAAUCAUAGUUACAAAUUUGUCAAGAAGAAAAAUAAAUUAUUGUUUUGUAUCCACUA